CAUCGAUAGGCCUCGAUGCACGUGAUACGUGAAUCGGUCCAGGUGAAGAUUCAGGUAGGAAAGCUACAUUCACUUACAGAUCAAGGACCCUUAUCAACUGAAGUGCUCACAAUUUCUUCGUGCGAAUCCCAGAAAUCAAGAUGACAGACGCUGCUCGGUGGAAAGCGACUGUUCACGUCGGUGGACUCUCUCAUAUGGCCACCAGCAGACACGUCCUGGACGCCUUCAUCCCGUUUGGGGAGAUAGUAGAAGUUCAAGUGCCGAAGAACGAUGCGCCAAACUCAACAGAACCACACCGCGGCUUCGCGUACGUUGAGUACGAGGAUGUUGCCGAUGCCAAGGAAGCCAUAGACAACAUGGACCAGGCAGAAUUCUUUGGAAAGAUACUGAGAUGUUCACAAGCCAAGGCACCCAAAAGUGCGGACGAGGGUCUUGGGAGCAAAACCGCUGUUUGGGAACAGGAAGGCUGGUUGGCGAAGAAUACUGCGGAGGACAGCAAUGGCAUUUCUGGCGAAGAGCCACCGCCCACGGACAUGACCGGCCCUGAUCCGAUGCAAGGCUUAGAAGGCCUAGACGUGGCAGGGCCGAAACAGGCGUAAUUACUGGACCUUGUAAUCACGACAAUUCACGGGAGCCCCAAGGAUGUGCAUAGCGUUGGCGUU